AUGGCAUCCACAGAUCCCAAGACAACAGACGACAAGCCUGUCGAGCAGAAGCCAGAGCAGAAGCCCGCCGCCCUCGGCGAGGACGACGAGUUCGAGGACUUCCCUGUUGAUGACUGGCCUGAGGACCAGACUGAGGCUGCCAAGGGUAGCGGCGAGACCAAGCACCUCUGGGAGGAGAGCUGGGAUGACGAUGACACAAGCGAUGAUUUCUCACAACAGCUCCGGCCCAACCUGUACCAAGAACACAGUGGAGGAGACCAGCAGGAACCCCCAGAUCAAUCAAGCACGAUCAAUAAUGACGACGUCGAUGACACGGAAGCCCCAGCAUCUGUUGAAAAUGUGAAUGUCUUCACUUCGGACCCUAGCCUCCGGGAAAAGCCCCGUUGCGAUUGUACCUGCAUUCAGGGACCCCCCACCCAGGGAUGCUGGAAUGAGGAUUAUUGCCAGUGCAUCGACUGCUCCUGCCUUGCAUGCAAUUGCUGGCCAGAUAACGCGCUUGAUGUAGACGAUUCUCCGGAGCAGGCGUCUGACACACUGCCGGUGUUGCCCGUCGGAGAAGGUACUUGGGCUACAUUGAGACGAGCACGAGAAAACCCACAGCUUGCCCGGAUUGCAGAGCAAGUGUAUCAAGUGGCUAGAGCGCAAGAAGUGCCCCCUCGCAGACGUGAGCCCCUACUUUUGGGCGAGGAUGAACUUCCUGUCCCAAUUAAAGAGCAGCUGAGUCGAGUGACGAGAGCGCCAGACACCUCGCGCCGCCACAGACGUUAUACGGAUCUGGAGGAUCGUGAACCCCGCGAGGAGUGGGAUGAUGUGUGUCUAAUGAAUUUGAGACGAGCCUUGUCGUCUGCAAAACACCAUCACGAUCUGCCUCACCCUGCGAUAGAUCCAGAACCUAACAACACUCCAGAGCCCAGCAACACCUCUUCAGACCGCAUAUUGGAAGCCCUGAAGAGCGUAGACAAAUCUUUUCGUCUUCUCCAACCCGCUUUGGAUCGGCGGGAUCGAUGGGCAGGUUCGGCCUACAGCUCGCGUCCUCAAAUAAACGGACAGGCCCAACAACAGAUCCAACCAGUAUAUCCUAGAGGCAUAUUGCACUUUUUGGAAUCACAAAGAUCACCUCAGUGUCGACGCUCGACGGGGAGUACACCACCGGAUCGUCAGCCUUACACGCCUCGUCCAAUUCCCGAGAGGCUGAGUAGAAGUCCGGUUCCACUCAGUGCGCAGCCGCUGGCAGAGGUCGAGCGGGCGGGGCUGAGCGAUGCUCGUGAGGAAGAUAGGCGCAAUGCCGAUGGUGAAGAGUCUGGUCCUGGCUCCAGCAAGAGGUUGUCUGAUCAUGCAAGUGAGCCUCGACCAGAGAAACGUCCAGGAACAUCCAACUUUGAUGAGAAGGAAUGA